GAUCACAGAAAGAGCCAAAGAUGUCAGCUCGGUCAUGUGAUCAGCUGUGUCCAAUCACAGCUGAUCACAUUGGACAUGUACACUGAUCAUCAGUGUAGCCCCAGCAGCGCCUCCUGUCAGUGUCCAUCAGUGCCUUGUGUCAAUGCUCAUCAGUGCCUCGUGCCAGUGCCCAUCAAUGCCACAUAUCAGUGCCUACCCGUGCCCAUCAAUGCCACAUAUCAGUGCCCAUCUGAGCUGCCUUUCAGUGUCACCCAUCAAUGCCAGUCAGUGCCACCUAUCAGUGCUGCCUGCCAAUCAGUGCCACCUAUCAGUGUGCAUCAGUGCCGCCUAACAGUGCCACAUAUCAGU